AUGGUUAUGAAGAAAGUAGAGCUUGCAUGGAUAGUGAAUAACCCUGCUAGAAAGGCUGCCUUAAAAAGAAGGAAACAUGGUCUCUCCAAGAAAGCUAAGGAGUUAUCCUCUUUGUGUGAUGCAGAAGUUGGCUUUGUUCUCACUAGCCAAGAUGAUGGCCUACGGACGGUUUGGCCUUCAGAAGAAGCCGUCAAACUACUGUUUGACAGGUUUGAGAUGUUGCCACCCACUGAACAAACCCAAAAGAUGGAGAACCAAGAAAGGUACCUCUUUCAGAUUGCUAUUAAAGAAGUUGACAAAAUUAAUAGAGGUAGAAAGAAAAAUAAUGGGGAAGAAGCUCAAGAGAUGCUGAAUCGAAUCUGUGAAGGUACAUCAAAUCUUGAUCCAUUUACAGAAGAGGGGUUGGAUAAUUUGGUUUUGUUGAUGGAUGAAAAGUUGGAGCUUGUGGGGUAUAAGGAGGUAGACGACGCCGCAUCGCUCCAACAAGCUCCAACACUACUGCCUCAUGAGCAGUUCUCGUUGCCGCCUCUUCCACAGUCCAUACAACAGAUGCUAAUGGACAAUGAAUGGUUUAUGGAGACAUUUGGUCACGAGCUCGAAAGCCUUGCUGGUCCAAGUGGUGGAAACAACGAGCCCUUAAUUGGCAGCCGUCGCUACCGCCGCUGCCUGAGAAUGUUGCUGGCACAGGUGGGGUUGGAAACAAGGAGGACAAUGAUUUGCCGGUGGCACCUGAUCCAGUGUUUCGAAUCAAGCUCCUGA